AUGUCCUGUGAACACCCAAAAGACGCAAGAGAAGAAGACGAUGCCGGAAGAACAUGCUGCAAAGAAUGCGGUCUCGUCUUUUCCGAGAUAGUAGCGGUAGAGCCAUCUGACGAAAUAGGCCUGCAAAAUAAUGCACGCCAAGCCAGGAACUUUAUUAACACAGGUUUCACGUUAGGCAAAGACACUAUUUUGAACGGGAGAAGGAUGACUCAUGUUUUCCCGAGGGCACAACUAUGUAAGCCAGAUAUUCCUCGCACACAUUUUUUGAAGAUAACUUGCGGAAAACUAGGGAUACUUUCUAUUCAGGAGCACGUCUGGUCGUUAGUCUUGCAAUACAACAGCAAAAAUCAAGUGAAGCUCGGUCGAGAACUAGAAUACGCUAUAGCUGCAGCUGCAUACAUUACAAUAAGAGAACGUAAAUUGACAGUGACACUCUACGACAUUAGUAAAGCCACCAAAAUUUCUCCCGGGGAUAUCAACAGUUUAGCACGUCACAUGAUCAAAGUGCUCGGAAUGAAACUUGAAAGUCCCAAUGUGAGCAUGGAAUCGUUGCUAGCCGGGACCAUCGAAGCAAUGUUUCACGAAGAGAUUGCUCACCACUUGCCAUUAUACACUAAAGAUUUGAUGCACCUGUAUCGCGAGGUUAACACGUUCCCGCAGGCGAUUUAUUCAAGGCAUAUAGAGAAUUGCGUGAAUAUUACCGUGGGGAACUGUAUACAAGUGAAUAAUAUACCAGAGAUUAUGGAGCUUUAUCGGAAAGUUUUGAUUGGGACGGCGUAUUACCUGUUAGAAUAUGCGUCAAAUGCAGGAUUUAUCACUGGUCGGAGUCCGGUUCCUAUGGCUGCUGCUAUUCUUCUUUACGCGAUAGAGGCGACCGAGAAACCUUCAGUUGCGGAAAGGGUAGCUAAUCACAAAAUGGUCGAAGAAUUUGUCACUUGUGCAUUUGAUCUUAAGCCUGAUCGUAGUAUGCUGAGGAGAUAUAAGGAAAUUCGAUAUCACAUGAAUCAACAAGUACAAAAAAUUCAUUUUGCUUAUAUCGCCAAAGACGAUCCGUUCAGAUCAUACUUGUAUGUAAAUGACUUGAUAAAAUUUUUUCCGCCUGAACUGCCGAAUAUCGCAAGAUCUUGGGAUCAAAUAGAAGUGCCGUCUAUUGUCCGAUCUCGGCAACUGAAAGCCCUGAGAUUAGAAAAAAUUCAAAGGGCCAGGAAAAUUGUUGGCUUAGAACCAUCAACUUUAAGUAUUGGACAACAGGUUUCACAAUAUCAACAACAAAUAGUAAUAAUUGAAGAUGAUGGAGACGUACGGAUAGAUUUUCAAGAUCCUCAACAACAAAUAAUAACUGAUGAUGUUGAAAGGGAACGAAAUAAUCAACAACAACAAGUAGUAUCCUUAGGGGAAAAAGUUGAUAAUAAUGAUGAAGUUACCGAUGAUCCUUACGACGGAGAAUUACAACUUCUCAAAGAACUUUUACUAUCGCAAAAAUAUCCCGAUGAACAAUUAUUAGAUGCAUCAUUUGGAGUUUUGCAAGCAUGGGCACACCAGAAGCGACGAGGCACUGUUAGUGAUAGUCAUCUCAAUGAUAGGGAACUAUACGAGGAAGAUUGCCCGGACGACGAACUUUGUGAAUAUAUUGAAAUGCCGGGGAAUGUAGCUUUACCUCCUAUAACGGCAUCGUCGUCGACUAAUGUUGUUGAAAUGUCUUCUGCUCAAGCACGAGAUACUUGCGAAUUACUUGUGAACUCAUCAAAUCGAAUGCAAUCUUCUAGAAAUCACAAAGACUGGCGAAAGGACGCGAUAAAACGAAAACGAAUCAAACGAUUGAUUCGCGAUCCGCCACGCAACAAAAAUAAAUCUACAAAUAAUGGCACAAAGAAUGCCAGUGGGGCAAGUGGUUCUUUGGUGCCUGAGCAAGAUGAAAGCGCGUCGAAUAACAAAACAAAAAGCAAACGAAUUCUCAUAAGACCCGAAGAUAUUGAUUAUGAUAUGUUUAUGUAA